AAUCCAUUGUGAUUUAGGGUUAGGGUUUAGCUUUAAAUGUAAUGUGAUUAAAUGCAAAUGCUGAGGUUGCAUCUAAAGCUGUGUCACACCUGGGAAGAGGAGGGUGGGGCUACUUUUGGAGGUGUGCUCAUUUACCCCAGCUCCUCCUCUAUGAGUCAACCUGCUUUCCUUCCUUAUGACACUACAGCAUUUUGACUGCUGCUGCCAUUUUUUCUCUGCUGCCUUCACACAUCACAAGCAAAAUGACGUCUGGAGUCAAAGUCGCUGACGAAGUGAAGGACAUCUACAAUCUUAUGAAAGUAGUGAAAACUGAUGCUGACGAGAAGGAACGUAUAAGACUUGUGAUCUUAAAAAUCGAUGGCGACAUUCAAGUGGAGAAACUUUACCGGGCAAAAGAUCUGGACGGCAUUGAUGAUUUCUUCAAGUUCGUCAUGAGUCUGCUGCCUGAAAACGAGUGCCGCUACUAUCUGUAUGACUGCCACUUUGUAAACCAGGAAUCAAAAAAAGAGGAACUGGUCUUUAUGACGUGGUGUCCUGACAAUGCACAAAUCAAAGCUAGAAUGACGUACUCUAGCUCAAAAUCGGCUCUUUCGAAAGUCUUCGUAGGUAUCAAGCAUGACAUGCAGCUUAAUGACCCGGCAGAAAACAACAGGGAGUGUUUUGCUGAGAAACUUGAAAAAGGUGGAAAAAAAGUCCAAUCACUUGAGGGCGUCCCUCUGAGGGGUUGAAAAUGAUUAAUUUAUUUCAUGACAUGCUAACAUUUAAAUGGAUUUGAGGGGAUAUUAGCAAAGUUUCCAAAUCGACUUUGUUUUUUGGAUUGGUUCAACUAAACUUAAGGUUUGGGCUCUGGAUGGGAUUAGAUUCCUGUAACAAUCAAGUAAUUGUGCUCGUGUGUGUGUGUGCUCUACUAAACUGUCCAGUCACACCAAUUUAGCUAUGAAAUCAGUCUUGUUUAGAUGUAAAUGUAUUCAUUCUUUGUCAUAUCCAAACAUUAAUGAUACUAUUGUCUGUCACUUGACUAUUGGAACAUUUAUAUCUCUCAAGUCAGUCAUUUGCUGUUUCUAUUUACAUACUGUUUCCAUCACAGCAUACUCCAAUAUUCCCCAUUUGUCUUCCUUGUGUGUAUUUUCACUGUAUACAACAAUAUGCUGUGAAAUAUACUAAUGGACACCCUACUAGAGUUUACUAGGUCAAAAGGACUGGGUUUGUUUGACAAUCUGUUUUUCUAGACUGUUACACUUUGAACACAUAUAGAAAAGAGUACAACUUUACAUGUUUUCUCCUAAAAUGCAGUUGUUGCACUGUCUGAGUAUUGUCAAAUAAAUGAAAUGCAACCAAUUG